AUGUCCGGAGACCUGGAGUCCAGCUUGUUGAAGUCCCAACCUUUGUCUAAUUCGCCUCCCUCGUCUUCUUCGUCCUUUUCAGAUGACCUCGAGUACGCUUGUCUUUCCCAGGACGACAAGGACGACGGGCUGCGGAUUCACACUCUCGAAGUUGAGGAAAACAUCCCCCUCGAAGACACCAUCGUUGCCCCUCGCCCCUUGCCGCCUUGGCUGAAAUAUCCCAAGAGCCUCGCUUUGGCCUUGGUACCGAGCUUCCUACACCCGGUGGACCCCGAUGCGACACCGAAGCCGCUUCAUCCGUCAGCUUGGCUCGAUGGACUUCGAGGACUCGCAGCUUUCUUCGUCGUCUGCCAUCACUGGUCCCUAUGUACGCUGACCGGCGAGGUCCGGCGCGGUUUUAUGAGCGAUGACACGCCCCUAGUUCUUCAACUCCCAAUCCUUCGCUUGGCUGUUUCUGGACUGUCUAAUGUCUGCGUGUUUUUCGUCAUUUCCGGCUACGCACUGAGCUACAAGCCCAUGAAGCUCAUCAAGCAAAAGAAGCUGACCGAGUUCGCAAUCGCUUCUGCUUCUUCCGCCUUUCGUCGGUAUAUCCGCCUCUUCCUCCCGCCCAUGAUCACGUCUCUCGCAGUGGCUUGCCUGGCAUACUUCAAACUCUUCGAGCUCGAGCCUAUUCCAGGUCCUGCUAUAACAAUGUUCAGACCGCCGGCGCUCGAUAAUGUUUGGGACCAGUUGGUGGGAUGGUGGGGGCAUUUCGCCAACUUGUCUGACCCCAUCGCUAAGAAUGUCGAGAGAGGCAGAGCCUUUCCCUAUCAGCCGCAACUUUGGACCAUCCCGGUAGAAUUUGACGGUUCAUUGGUCAUCUUCUUGGCACACAUUGCCUUUUACCGAGUUCGCCCCAGCGUUCGAAUCUUUUUCCUUGCGUGCCUCCUGAUCUACACGAUUCACUCCUCAUACUGGCAAUUCUUUCUUUUCUUCUCGGGCCUUUUCUUUGCUGCCCUCAAAUUUUACGGCAAAGAUGAGACUGACGGAAGCAAUGACGAGAGCAAUGGUGUUGACUGGCACUCUCUCCCGCUCAUAUCAAGCCCUGCAUAUUGGCGACGAGAGGGACUGAGCGGCUUCAACGCGCCAAUUUCGUUCAUUCGAUCAUCAAACACUUAUAGUAUAUCCACGAAGUCUCUCCAGGUGGCCUCUUUUGUCGGCGCCCUCUGGGUUUUGUCGUUUCCUGAGGGCAGCGGCAGCGUCACGCAAACUCCAGGAUACAGGACUAUCUCCUGGUUGACUCCUGCACCAUAUGGCGAUGGCGACUACUUCUGGAUUCCCGUUGCCGCCGCUUGGCUUGUCUUCACUAUUGACAAGUCGCCGUUCAUUCAGCAGCUUUUCACGAACCGAAUAGUCCAGUACCUCGGCCGGAUAUCGUACGCUAUUUAUCUUGUUCACAACUGCUUAAUUUGGCUGUGGGGUUAUCAUCUCGUGCAGCUCUUCACUGCCAUUACGGGAAUUCCUCUUCAAGCCAACAUUGGUGCUGGUUGGAACUUCGUCAUCUUCCUUUCAACCUGCCUUUUCUUACCGGGUGUCGUCUGUGUGGCGGAUUUUGUGCAGAGAUAUGUGGAUGUUAAUUCUGUCAAGUUUGCGGCUUGGUUCGAGGGGAAAUUGAUUGAGAAGACGAGAUAG